AUGUCGGACGAGGCAAGCCUACCAGCUCCAGUAGCUGCCACCGUUCCUACGACUGCAGAAGCAGCACCUGCGCGACCUGAAUUUGUUCCGGACUCUGAAAUGAAGGAGGAUGCUGCCAUGAAGGAGGCCAAUGGUGAUGCUGAGAUCAGCGCACCAAAGGAAGUCGCGACUGAAGACGCGCCAGCAGAGAGUACCAUAGAGGAGCCCAAAACGACCGAACAACAAACAAACGCUGAGGACGUUGCACAAGACAAGCCUGCCACCAGCCCACACGACGUCGAAAUGAAGGAUGACACAAAGACAGAUGAUGCGGCUCCUGUUGCUGCCGACUCGUCAGAAAUCGCUAUUGAGACUCCAGUUUCUGCUGCAAAAGCGAAGGGCGGAAAGAGAAAGUCAACUGGUGUGCCAGAGCACAAGGGCAAAAAGUUGAACAAGAAGGCUUCAACUGCUAAGAUGACACACACGGAUGCUAAGCCAGGCGACUACUUCUAUGUCCGUUUGAAGGGUUUCCCAUUGUGGCCUGCAAUAGUUUGUGACGAGACUAUGCUCCCAGAGACACUCCUCAAAUCGAGACCAAAUGGAGCUGCAAGACCGGAUGGUACAUAUCGAGAGGGCUAUGAGGAUGGAGGAGCCAAAGUAAAGGAUCGCCAAUUUCCAGUUAUGUAUAUGCACACCAACGAAUUCGGCUGGAUUCCCAAUACCGACUUGUGUGAUCUUGAUCCUGAAGAAGUCGGCACCGUACCACCCAAGAUGCGAAAGGAUCUGGCCGCCGCUCGUACCCUUGCAGCCGAGCAACAUGAUCUUGAGUACUUCAAAGAAAUUCUCAAAGCUUUCAUGGAAGCUCGCGAAGCAGACAAGCGUGCCAAGGAGGUGAUCAAGGCCGAGAAGCAAGCGAAGAAGGCUGCUGGCAAGAAGGAGAAAAAAUCUGCUGCGAAGGCGGUUGUGGAAGAUGAGGACGCCGAUCUUGAGAUGGCUGACGCAAUUGGAGAACCUGAAUCCGACGGAGCUGAUGUCACCGAGCCAGUGAAGACAAACAAGCGUAAAGCUGAGGAUACACCACAGGGCUCGGAUUCUGUCAAAAAACCUCGCACCACUAUCAAGUUGAAUACCAAGAAGGAUUUGAACGGUGCUUCGACUCCUAAGACCCCAAAGGAAGCCACUCCAAAGACAACGAAGUCAAAGAAGACGAAGGCUACUCCCAAAGCUGCCGAGAAUCCCAAAGCUGUGGUUCCCAAGGAGCCUGAGAUGACCGCUGAGGAGAAGCGUGCCAAGAAGGAGAAGGAGAUUCUGUUUUUGCGCCACAAGCUUCAGAAGGGUUUAUUGACUCGCGACCAAGAGCCGAAGGAAAUGGAGAUGAGACAGAUGUCGGAGUUUAUUGCAAAGCUCCAAGGCUAUGCGGAUCUCGAAGUCAGCAUCAUCCGAGCCACGAAGAUCAACAAAGUUCUCAAGGCUAUCUUGAAGCUGCCGUUCAUCCCGAGAGAAGAGGAGUACCAGUUUAAAGAGCGAUCCCAAGAACUUCUUGACAAAUGGAACAAGCUUCUUGCUACUGAUGCCCCAGCCAUCCCUGCUGCGUCAACUACCACGAAUGGGAAUGGCGGAGCUAAGGCUGAAGUUGACAGCGCCAAAGCCUCUCCAACUGAAAUCACCAAUGGAACCAAAGAAUCAUCUACCGAGGAAAAGCUCGAGGAGAAGGCCGAGGAGAAGGUCGAGGAUAACCCUGAAGCCGCGAAGACGGCCACUACAGAGGUCAAGGACGCUUCGGCUGUUGCCGACAUCCCCCGAGUUGAGCCAUCUGAGGAGCCAAAGGAAACUGCUCCAGAGUCUACUAUUGUUGAAUUCACUACCUAA